CUACAAACGAAACGACACGACCACAAACGAACGCAACUGCAGCCUCUCUCUCUCUCUAAACCGAAGGCUCGCAGCAGAGCAGCUGCAGCUUCGAACUUUUGCUUCUGCUUCACUUGGUCACUGCUUCUUCAUCUUCCCCAGAAAGUCAUCAUGGUGUUGGCUAGCGUGCAUGGCUUGCUUCCAUGGAGUCCUCCUCUCUCCCCUUUCAAACGGGCGCAAAACCCCGGGAGGAAGGAAGCCGUUUCGGCGCGAAUCUCCACCGACGACUCCCCUCCUUCCACGCAGGAGAAGAAGAAAUCUCUCCCAGGGAAGCAUGAGGCCGAUGUCGUCGUGAUCGGAAGUGGUAUCGCUGGCCUCUGUUGCGCUGGGCUUCUUUCCAGAUACAACCAAGACGUGCUCGUGCUAGAGAGCCACGACCAACCGGGAGGUGCCGCUCACGCGUUUGACAUUAAGGGUUACAAGUUCGACUCCGGUCCUUCUCUGUUCUCUGGCUUCCAAUCUAGAGGUCCUCAGGCGAAUCCCCUUGCACAGGUGUUAGAUGCAUUAGGAGAGUCCGUUCCUUGUGUUAAAUAUGACUCCUGGAUGGUGUACAUACCAGAAGGUGAAUUUUUGUCACGUAUUGGUCCAACGGAGUUUUUCAAGGACCUCGAGAAGUAUGCGAGUCCGAAUGCUGUCCAAGAAUGGCAAAAGCUCCUGGAUGCAGUGCUUCCAAUGUCUGCAGCUGCAAUGGCUCUGCCUCCUCUAUCUGUUCGUGGUGAUUUGGGUGUCCUUUCCACCGCUGCCGUUAGAUAUGCUCCUUCUUUGUUGAAAUCUUUCAUCGAAAUGGGACCUCAGGGUGCUAUUGGUGCGACAAGGCUUCUUAGACCCUUCUCAGAAAUCAUCGACUCAUUGGAACUAAAAGAUCCUUUUAUAAGGAAUUGGGUGGACCUUCUUGCCUUUCUUCUUGCAGGGGUGAAAUCUAAUGGUAUACUCUCAGCAGAGAUGGUGUACAUGUUUGCUGAGUGGUACAAACCUGGUUGCAGUCUUGAGUACCCUCUUCAUGGAAGUGGAGCUAUUGUUGAUGCCCUCAUCAGGGGAAUGCAAAAAUUUGGUGGACGGAUUUCUCUCAGGAGUCAUGUGGAAAAGAUUGUUGUUGAAAAUGGCCGAGCCAUUGGAGUCAAAUUAAGAAGCGGUCAAUUUGUGCGUGCUAAGAAAGCUGUCGUCAGCAAUGCAUCUAUGUGGGACACUUUAGGUUUGUUACCUGAGGAAGUUAUUCCAAAGUCGUAUUCGGACAGGACUAAGAGGACUCCACAGUGUGAAUCUUUUAUGCAUCUUCAUCUUGGUUUUGAUGCUCAGGGUGUGUCUGAGGAUUUGGGAAUUCAUCAUAUAGUUGUGAAUGACUGGGAUCGAGGAGUCGAUGCUGACCAGAAUGUCGUUCUAUUAUCUGUACCAAGCGUACUAAGUCCGGACCUGGCACCGCCAGGGAAACAUGUGCUACAUGCUUAUACUCCUGGUACUGAACCAUAUGAACUCUGGGAAGGACUUGACCGCAGCAGUGCUGAGUACAAGAAACUGAAAGUCGAAAGAUCACAGGUUAUGUGGAGAGCUGUCGAGCGUGUACUCGGACCAGGAUUCAGCAGGGACAAAUGCGAGGUGAAGUUGAUUGGAACUCCAUUGACGCAUCAAAGAUUUCUUCGGAGAAACAGAGGAACAUACGGUCCGGCUAUUCAGGCAGGUAAGGACUCUUUCCCCGGACAUUCGACCCGUAUCCCUCAGCUUUUCUGUUGCGGCGAUUCGACAUUUCCGGGCAUCGGGGUCCCUGCUGUCGCCGCCAGUGGCGCUAUUGUGGCCAAUACAUUAGUUUCCGUGACCCAACACUCGGAGCUCCUUGAUGCUAUCGGGAUUUAAUCGCUCCUGUAAAUUUUCUUCCACUUUUUCCUCAUGAUUCGCGAUAGAUGUCGAUACCAUCCAGAUAGUGAGAUUUCAUCUAGUGCUUCCUUGAGGUCUUAAUACACUGUAAAUUCUUUCGAUUGAACGAUUUGUAUUUACAGAAAGAGAUCAGAUGGAAACGUGCAUUGUGAACUGACUAUCAAAGCAUAGUUUAUACACUACGGAAUUCAAUAA